AUGAAGGCCGUCCAUUUUGGUGCUGGUAACAUUGGACGAGGAUUUGUCGCCGAAUUCUUGUACAAUUCAGGAUAUGAAAUUGUUUUUUGCGAUAUUUCCGUACCUUUAGUAAAUCGACUAAAUGAGCAAAAGAAAUAUAAGGUUGUCCGAGUUGGAGGUGAGGGUAUGAGCGAAGUGACAAUCACCAAUUAUCGAGCCAUCAACACCCAGACGAACGCGACAAAUGCUAUUGAAGAGAUUAUGUCUGCCGAUCUCGUGACAUGCUCCGUCGGUCCUAAGGUUCUAGAGUUUAUUGCGCCAAUUAUAGCAAAAGGUAUUGAUGGAAGAUCGAAUAAAGCUCCCCCGGUUACUAUAAUUGCCUGUGAAAAUGCAAUAGCAGCAACUGAAACUCUAGCAAAUUACGUCAGGGAUCCAAGCUACACCGACCCAGAUCGUCUGAGCCAUCUCAAUGAGCGGGCAAAGUUCGCAAAUUCGGCUAUUGAUCGUAUUGUUCCAGCCCAAAAUCUAGAUGCUGGAUUAGAUGUGAAGCUAGAAUUAUUUUAUGAGUGGAUAGUUGAUCUGACAUCAUUUCAAGGCCAUUCACCUCCGAAAAUUGAUGGUGUCAAAUGGGUUGAAAACCUAGCCCCUUAUAUUGAGAGAAAAUUAUUCACUGUCAACACUGGCCAUGCAACAGCUGCGUAUUAUGGUUAUGUCUACCAAAAAGCCACUGUUUAUGAUGCUUUGCAGGAUAUCCUAAUUCUAGAGGAGGUUAAAAAUGUCUUAAAAGAGACAAGCGAACUAAUUACUUCAAAGUAUUGCAUUAAAGAAAGUGAGCAUGAAGAAUAUGUGAAAUCAAUUAUAAAGCGCAUUAGUAAUCCUUAUCUUGAAGAUACGAUUGAAAGAGUUGGGCGAUGUCCCUUGAGAAAAUUAGGCAGAGAUGAGCGUUUUAUUAGACCCGCUGUGGAACUUGCAAGAGAUGGGAGAUCUAUACAAGGAAUUUUAAGAGCUAUUGAGAUGGCAUUUAGAUUUCAAAAUGUUGACGGAGAUGAUGAAAGCAGAGAAAUGGCUUCAAUUCUGAAGGAUAAUUGUCCAGAGGAAGUUGUCAAGAGAAUUUGCGGGUUGAAGAGUGACGAAGUUCUAUUUGGUUUGGUUGUUGAUGCUGUUAAAAAGGUUCAAGCCGAUGAUUCUGAGGGAACAUAA